CAGCCACGAACGGUACAAGCUUCAUCAAAAUUUGUUUAUUUGAAACAUUGUUACAUUUAAACAAAUUGUUACUGAUCUUUCGUAAAUAAGAAACAUAUCUAAUAUCAAAACUAUUGGCACAGAUUUCUGUAUUGGUGGCAAAAUAUCAAAAAAGACAUAUAGAGGGUGUCUAUACAACGGUAUUCCUCAAUACUGUGGUUCCAAUUAAAAGUAGGUCAUUUGAUAUUCGAUAUAGUUUUUUAUCCAAUAUUACACUUAUGUUUGAAAUUUUAACGAAAUAAUUUGAUGUUAAAAACGAAGAUAUACUCAGUAAUAUCGGCGUAUGAUAAUAUUAUCAAGGUAGUAACAACGUAAAGCUGUCAGAGUGAUUUUGGCAUUCUACUGCAUGUGGUUAUAAUAAUAAUAAUAAUAACAAUAUAGUUUGUGAUGUGCUUAUGAGAUCAGUGAAAACAAUUGUGAUUGCAAGCAGUAUUAUUACAAUAUCAAAGAAAGAAGCUUGUUUCUACUAAACAUGUCUUCCCUCCAAAAGUCGGUUUUAAAAUCAAAAUUACCACCAUCAGGUGUAAACUAUGGAGUCAGCACUAGUAGGGUUAGUAAAUCCAAAGGCUUUCAACGUAAAAGAGAUUACGAUCCAGUCCAAUGGUGUCCAUACUUUGAUGAAUCCGAAGAUGUGAAAAUAGGGAAUAAUACAUUUCAUGUUUAUACUAAGGGAACUGAAGGACCUACAUUAGUAUUACUACAUGGAGGUGGAUACAGUGCAUUAACAUGGGCAGAAUUUACUAAAUCAAUCAUGACUAUGGUAGUCUGUAAAGUUAUGGCAAUUGAUCUUAGAGGCCAUGGAGAUACAUAUACAACAAAUGAAGAAGAUUUGUCUGGAGAUACUUUAGCAGAGGAUGUUGCAGCAGUUAUACAAGCAACAUUAGAGAACACUCCUGUAAUUCUAGUGGGUCAUAGUAUGGGUGGUGCAGUAGCUGUUAGGGCUGCACCUUUAAUUACCAAUCUCUCUGGAUUAGGUGUUAUUGAUGUGGUUGAAGGAACAGCAAUGGAUGCAUUAGCAUCUAUGCAAAGUUUUCUCCGAUCUCGUCCAUCCAGUUUUAGUUCUAUUUCACAGGCAAUUGAGUGGUGCGUGCGAAGUGGCCAGAUCCGCAACGUACAAUCAGCUAAGGUGUCAGUUCCUGGACAAAUCAAAAACAUCGAAACCAACAAAUUAGCUACUCAUGACAUUGAUUCUCUGUCGCAAUCAUCGUACGAAUGUGAUUGCGAGCCUACGAUUCCGCGUGAAGAUAUCAUUCAAGAAGAAGAACCUGUUAAUAUGCCACCACCGCUUCCACCUACCACUGCUACUGCUACUAGAAAGUAUGUUUGGAGGAUAGAUCUGUCUAAAACUGAACAGUAUUGGUUUGGGUGGUUUAAGGGUUUAUCAACAGCAUUCUUGAAUGUACCAGUUCCUAAGGUACUAUUAUUAGCCGGUGUAGAUCGGUUAGAUCGAGAACUUACCGUUGGUCAGAUGCAAGGUAAGUUUCAGAUGCAAGUAUUACCAGCAUGCGGGCACGCAGUACACGAAGACGUUCCAGAUAAAGUAGCAGAGGCAAUUGCUACUUUUAUGGUUAGACAUAAAUUUGCGGAACCAGCAUCAGACUUUCCAAGGACACUCGUUCUUACCGGUUCCCAUUCGUUAAGGUGAGGAUCGUAUGCUUCGACUAGCGUGAGGUACUGCUGGCCAUCAUAGCCACCCACUGCCAUCAGUCUAUCACCCAGUACACAAACCCCAACAACAUCUCUUGGAGCACUCAUUGGUGCAACCAUUGUCCAUGUAUCUGUUUUGGGGUCGUACCUAAGAAUUUUCAAACAUAAAAAAACAUUAAUUUAAAUAUUGUAACAUGUAUGUUUUCGAACAUAUACCUUUCAACACAAUCGAAUCGGCUGGCAUUGGGAUUAGUAGAAGGUGCAUCAUGUCCACCCAGUGCAUAAAGGCAUCCAUUUACGACACCUACACCUACUCCGCCUCUCCGUUUUGACAUAGGCGCACAUGGAGUCCAUUUAUUAGUGUGUGGAUCAUAACACUCCACUGUAUUCAAACAUGAACUUAUAUCCCUUCCACCUACAGCAUAUAAUCUAGAAAUACGCGGAUAUGAUAUACAUCAUCGGAUGAUUGAAUUGUUCACAGCUUAUCUGAAAACUCACUUAUCAUUUAAUACAGCAACACCAACUGUAGACCUUUGUAUGGACAUAGGAGAAACUGAGCUCCACUGACGCGUAGCUGGAUCCCACCUUUCCACUGUAUCAAGAAAACUCCAACCAUCGUGACCACCAACAGCAUAUAGAGGUCCACCUAACACAGCUACACCCAACCCAUGUCGAUGCACAUUCAUAGGAGAUAAUGUGCUCCAAUUGAAAGUUGUAAAAUCGAAACAUUCUACAGUAUUUAACGUUUUUAAUCCAUCUCUCCCACCAGCAACUAUCAAUUUCUUAUCAACAAUAGCAGCACCAAACUGAAGUCUCCUACCGCUCAUACUGGCUAUUGGUUUCCAAACAUUAUCUCUUAGAGAGAAUGCAUCUAUAGAAGUAGCACCUAACAAAAGAAUAUUCAGAUCACUAAAUAUUCACUUUACUGUCCAUUACAGCUCAUUUACCCUUAUUGGCAUCCAUCCCUCCAACAGCUAACAUAUGACCCACAGUGGCUUUCCUGGGCUUUGUACGUUCCGACUGGAGUAAUGGCCUACGUUCGGGUAGAAGGUGAUACUUUAAUGCUUCCAUUACUAAUUCCUGUGCCAUUCUUUGAUCUCUGAACAUUUCAUUGCUUUCAAUAUUAUCCGCUAUAAACUGUACGAACUCAAUGAACUCAAUUCAAAUAAUUUGAAAUUUUCAGAAAUAUACGAAAGUAUAUAGCUCACCGCGGGCGAUAAUAAAGGUAAUUUUACAAGACUUAAUAGUUUGCUUGCAUCUUUCCGCCUAUUUUCUGGAUCAUGCUCCAGCCAAGUCAUAAGUGCCUG